GUAGCUUCACCUGGACAACCCAGGGGCGAGGCCACACUGUAUAUAUAGAUGAUGACAAUGGUAGACACAGCAUCACUUCACUUGCAGCUCCAGAUCUCAUCUCAUCUCAUCUGUAUUCUUCACAGAUAUCUUCGCAUACACAGAGAUGCUUCUCUCUGUCCUUCUUGUGCUGGGCAUCUGCCUGGUGCCUGCUCACUUCACAUCAACAGGAGAAUAUCUUGGCAAGCCUUUACUUCAACAGUGUUUUGAGGAGGCAAAGAAAAUCGUGGAUGAUGCAUACAAGUAUUCCAGAGAAGAGAGUCUGAGGCGAGUCCGCAAAGAGGUGGUGAGUCCUCACGACACUCUUCGUCUCCUGAAGCAGCCCCGAGGUGACACUCGCUCAGCUGUGAGGUCUGCAGACUACAUGGAACAAACCCUUCGUCUGCUGCAAGAAAGGGUGCAUCAUGUGCACAAACGUUCCCUCAACGCGACAGAUUUGCUCUCUGAAGAGGACCUGAGAAGGCUUGCCAACAUAACUGGAUGUUCAGCUCGUGUCAGCCUUCCACAAUGCCGCACCACCCCAAACAUUAACAAGUAUCGCACAGCCACCAGCGUCUGCAACAACCUAAAAAACCCGCGCCAAGGAGCCUCCAACACGCCCUUCACCCGCUGGCUGCCUGCCGAAUAUGACGACGGCAUCUCCCAACCAAAAGGCUGGAACAACCGAACAGUCAACAACUUCUUCCUCCCGCUGGUGCGACAGGUGUCCAACAACAUCCUAAGCACAACAGAUGCAGGCGUGGUCAAUGACAGAGACUUCACUCACAUGGUGACCUUGUUUGGCCAGUGGAAUGACCAUGAUCUGACCUUCACGCCAUUCUCCCCCAGCAUCAAGUCCUUCAGCAACGGGAUUAACUGUGACGAGAGCUGUGAGAGAACUGAGCCGUGCAUCCCCAUCCCGAUUCCUCCCAAUGACCCUCGCCUGCCCACUGGCCCAGACAGCUGCAUCCCUGCAUUCAGGUCCGCCCCUACUUGCGGAACAGGAUACUCGGCCUACAAUUUCGGCGGAGAGCCCAACAAGAGAGAGCAGAUCAACGCCCUGACAGCCUUCCUGGAUCUCGGCCAGGUGUACGGCUCUGAGGAAAAGCUUGCCCUCUUUCUUCGUGACCUCAAAAACGAUGGUGGCCUGAUGCGUGUGAAUACAGAGUUCAGAGACAAUGGGCGUGAGCUGCUGCCCUUCCAUCCUCUGCAGGUACAGAUGUGUGCCACUCGCAGAAGAGUCACCAAUGACACCAAUGCCAAGGAGGUGCCCUGUUUCAUUGCAGGUGAUGUCCGUGUGGACGAGAAUAUUGCUCUGACAUCUAUUCACACACUCUUUGUGCGUGAGCAUAACCGCCUGGCUCGUGCACUGAAAAGCCUGAACCCACACUGGGACAGUGAGACACUCUAUCAGGAAGCCCGCAAGAUCAUGGGUGCUUACACACAGGUGUUUGUGUUCAGGGACUAUCUGCCACACAUUGUGGGUGAUGUUGCAAUGCGUAGGUACCUUGGCCGUUACCCCGGCUACAAUCCCAACGUGGACCCCAGCAUCUCCAAUGUCUUUGCAACAGCAGCUUACCGCUUCGCCCACUUGGCCAUCCAGCCAGUCUUAUCUCGUCUGGAUGCAAACUACAGGGAGCAUCCUCAGUUCCCCAGUGUGCCCUUGUUCAAGGCCUUCUUCACCCCCUGGAGAAUCGUCUUUGAGGGUGGUAUUGACCCUCUGCUGCGUGGUUUGAUCGGCCGUCCUGCUAAACUGAACACUCAGGAUCACAUGAUGGUGGAUGCUCUGAGAGAGAGGCUGUUCCAGUUUGUGCAGCAUCUGGCUUUGGACCUGGGAUCUCUCAACAUGCAGAGGGGACGUGACCAUGGAUUGCCUGGCUACAACGCCUGGCGCAGAUUCUGUGGCCUGUCUCAGCCAAGGAAUCAGGCAGAGCUCGGUCGCGUUCUGAACAACAACGACCUGGCUCGGAGGCUGCUGCAGCUCUACCGUACACCCGACAACAUCGAUGUCUGGCUGGGAGGUGUGGCAGAACCGUUCGUCCAGGGCGGCCGUGUGGGGCCUCUGUUUGCCUGCCUCAUCGCAACCCAGUUCAAGAAUAUCCGCCAGGGUGACAGGCUGUGGUACGAGAAUCCAGGCGUCUUCACCCCAAGACAAAGAACUGCUCUGUCCAGUGUCAGGUUGUCAAAGAUUGUCUGUGACAACACUGGCAUCACGUCUGUCCCCACUGAUGCCUUCAGAGUCAUUGCAGGCACGAACCGGCUGGUCCGUUGCAACAACCUCCGAAGCCUGGACCUGUCAGCCUGGAGGGACAGACCUUGCUCCCUGUACCCAGACUGUGUCGGACCCCGUGGACCCCCAGGACCCCCUGGACCCCAAGGACAACGUGGGCCUCGAGGACAACGAGGUCCAGUAGGACCUCCAGGCCCCCCUGGAGUACCAGCUCUCAAUAUCAAUGCCACACAGCCACAAUCUGCCUUCUCCAUUAUCCUGGGCGAGUACAACCCAUCUUCAGAGACAAUCAUUCAUUUCCACCAGGUCAUCUACAAUGAACAGAACCACUACAACACCAAGACAGGCGUGUUCACAUGCGUCAUCCCCGGUGUCUAUGAGUUCAGCUACGUCUGCACAUCCUUCAUUGCUGCAGGAAGUGUGGACCUGUGGUGUAACAGCAAACUGGUGCUGCACGGUUUCAAGGUUUACCAGGGAGGUCGCCACGUGACUUCGGGGGACACAGUGCUCCGGCUGAAUGAGGGAGACAAGGUGUGGUUGGCAGCCAGUGACGGGAUCACCGGCCUGAGCACUAAAAGCUCCUUCUCAGGACACCUGCUCUUCCCUGUGUGACACAAACACCUCCUCUCAGGCUGAAAUGCCACCCUUUAACACACCAGUGGACCGUCUGCUUUAGGAUCUGUUUUCAGUACUCAACCUUUCUGCACUGAACUUUGCUUUCCAUUAAUCAGGUCAUACCACUUAUCUAUUAUUUACUGUUUUUUUUUUCUUCUUGGCCAAUGGACCAGAUUAUGGCACAUCAUACAACCGUACACAUGUUUUUUAUAUUUUACUGAAAAAGUAAAAUAUAGCGAGUGUUGCUUAAUCAACCUGAAUUGCAGAUUGCAGAAAAUCUGUUCAAUUCUGUCAGUAGCAUGAAGUCUACUGGCCCAGAAAAUUCAUCAGUAGCCAAAUUGUGAUGGUGGGUUUUACCAGUAUUAUGAUGAAUAUUUAAUGCACUAAUGAAAUAAGAAUGUAUGUGUGCUUUGAAACUGUGUGUGGUGCUUUGUCUGCAAGGCUUGUUUUACUGUAACUUUCUUAUCUGUUGUAUUUUGCAUCCACAAAAAACUAAAGAAGCUGAGCUGCAGCAAAUAA